AUGGCCGGCUACAACAAUCGACCAUUGAGUUUCUCGGAAAGGAGGGGGAGCAUGCUCAGCGACGAUAUGACUUUGAAUACCGGAGGGAUGCCCAGCAGUUCCAGGUUGGAGAAGAUGCCUGCGCGACCGGGUCAUAUGCGAGGUCCACCUACGCCCAGCAUGACCACGCCUGCCGCGGACUUCGAUCAGCAACUGACAGGCUCGCCGCCACCACCUCCCACUCCCGCAGCCUCUCCAGGCCCUUCCCAUCACCAGCUCGACUGGAGCGACGCCGCCGACGAUGAGGACUUCUUCCUGGCCAAAGUGCGCCAUCACUUUAAGAACUCUGGCGGCCCACACCGGACUCGCCUUCUGGCAGAUCUCCUGAACCUUUGCACAAGUCAGCAACUAAGCUUCGUACACCAGUUUGUGAGCCCGUUGCUUAAGAAGGACCCAUUUACGAGCCUUCCCGAUGAGCUUUGUCUGCGCAUUCUCUCAUUCAUCGAUGAUCCGAAAGUUUUGGCUCGUGCUUCUCAAGUGUCCAGGAGAUGGCGAGAUUUGCUGAGCGACGACAUGACCUGGAAGAACCUGUGCGUCAAACACGACUAUGGAAGACGCCUCUCUGAAGUUUCUGCCGCCAUGGGAAGUGCAACACGACCUGGUGCUCAACCUAUCUGGGGCGACAACGAAUACGCCAGCAGUAGCUUUCCUGGUGCUCUGCCCAUGACGGCACAUGCUUCCGGCUCGCGUAGUCUCGACGGAGCAUCAAAUACGCGGCCAAAAAUGAGGUCGUACAAAUCGCACUUCAAGCAACGGUACCUUGUAGAGGCAGCUUGGAGAUCUGGCGGUACCAGCACUACCAGGAACAUCACCCAAGAAGGAGGCGUGGUGACCAGCUUGCACCUCACGCCCAAAUACAUUAUUGUGGCUCUCGAUAACGCCAAGAUCCACGUUUUUGAUACAAAGGGCAACGCUCAGCGCACCUUACAAGGUCAUGUCAUGGGUGUCUGGGCGAUGGUACCUUGGGACGACAUUCUGGUCAGCGGCGGUUGUGAUCGCGACGUACGCGUUUGGGACUUGUCUACAGGUGCCUGCCUCCACACACUCCGUGGCCACACGUCAACUGUGCGGUGCCUUAAAAUGUCAGACGCAAACACGGCGAUAUCGGGCUCGCGCGAUACGACGCUUCGAGUAUGGGAUAUCCGGACCGGUUUGUGCAGAAACGUCCUCGUCGGCCACGGCGCCAGCGUCCGAUGCUUGGAGAUCAAGGGAGACAUUGUUGUGUCUGGCAGCUACGACACCAUGGCCAAGGUUUGGAGCAUAUCGGAGGGCAGAUGUAUCCAGACGCUUCAGGGUCAUUUUAGUCAGAUUUACGCCAUCGCGUUUGACGGGAAGAGGGUGGUGACAGGCAGUCUGGACACCAACGUCAGGAUUUGGGAUCCGAAAACCGCCGAAUGCCUGGCUAUUCUGCAAGGUCAUACGUCUCUGGUGGGGCAGUUGCAAAUGCGCGGCGACACCUUGGUGACUGGCGGUUCCGAUGGAUCGGUUCGGGUUUGGUCGUUGGAGAAGAUGUGCCCCAUUCACCGGCUUGCUGCGCACGAUAACAGCGUGACCAGCUUGCAGUUUGACGAUACCCGUGUUGUGAGUGGCGGAAGUGACGGCAGGGUCAAAAUUUGGGACCUCAAGACGGGCCAUUUGGUUCGUGAACUCAUCGCUCAGGGUGAGGCGGUUUGGCGAGUGGCCUUUGAAGACGAGAAAUGCGUCGCUUUGGCCUUGAGACAGAAUCGGACGGUCAUGGAGGUUUGGUCAUUCUCUCCUCCAGAAGAUGUCCUAUACGACCGCCCGCUCUCUCUUCAGCAACGUGUAUUGCAAGACACCCCACAUCGCCCUAUGAGUGCGAUGCAGCUCGACUUUCGACAGCAGCAGCCAACUGUUGCAGGUCCAAGUCGAGAAACGACAGGUAGUCAGGACGUCGACAUGAGGGACGCUGGACCAUCAACUGCCCCGCUGCAGGGUGGUAACAAAACGUUCUUCCACGAUGACUAA